CGGGCUGUGUUCGCCGGCGCACACGGCGGCGCCGGGCGGUGCACCGCGGCAAGAUGGCGGCCAGGGAGGAGGCGCUGAGGGAGUUCGUGGCCGUGACCGGGACGGAGGAGGGGCGGGCACGGUUCUUCCUCGAGUCCGCCGGGUGGGACCUGCAGAUCGCACUCGCCAGUUUCUAUGAGGACGGGGGGGACGAGGACAUCCUGACCCUGCCCCAGCCAGCUCCCAGCUCCGUAUCCAGAGGCUCUUCAGCCAGUGACCACAGAGUAACGUCGUUUCGAGACCUUGUUCAUGCACAGGAGGAUGAUGAUGAAGAGGAGGAGGGGCAGAGGUUCUAUGCUGGUGGCUCAGAGAGGAGUGGGCAGCAGAUCGUUGGUCCCCCGAGGAAGAAGAGCCCCAAUGAGCUGGUGGAGGAUCUGUUCAAAGGAGCCAAGGAACACGGAGCAGUGGCUGUUGACCGGACGGCCAAGAGCGGCGGCGAGACCAGCAAGCCUAAACCUUUUGCAGGGGGAGGGUAUCGCCUUGGUGCUACUCCAGAGGAGGAGUCUGCUUAUGUGGCAGGAGAGAGGAGACACAACUCUGCUCAGGAUGUCCAUGUUGUGCUGAAGCUCUGGAAGAGUGGAUUCAGUCUGGAUAGUGGAGAACUGAGGAGCUACCAGGAUCCAUCCAAUGCCCAGUUUCUUGAUGAUAUCCGCAGAGGGGAGGUCCCAGCCGAGCUGCGCAGGCUGGCGCGGGGUGGACAAGUGAACCUGGACAUGGAGGAUCACCGCGAUGAGGAGUAUGUGAAACCCAAAAGUGUCUUCAAAGCUUUCACUGGAGAAGGACAGAAGCUGGGCAGCAGUGCACCCCAGGUGAUGGGCACCAGCUCUCCAGCCCAGCAGGCAGCCAACGAAGCCAAAGCCAGCUCUGCCAUUGUGAUUGAUGAGUCAGAGCCUGUCACCAACAUCCAGAUCCGGCUCGCUGACGGCGGGCGCCUGGUGCAGAAGUUCAACCACAACCACAGGAUCCGUGACAUCCGGCUCUUCAUCGUAGAUGCCCGGCCAGCGAUGGCUGCCACCAGCUUCAUCCUCAUGACCACCUUCCCCAACAAAGAGCUGACUGAUGAGAACCAGACCCUGAAGGAAGCCAACCUGCUCAACGCCGUCAUCGUCCAGCGGUUGACAUAAGGACCCUGCUGUGCCGUCAGGCUCACACCUCCUCGUAGCUCUGGGGUUUUAGGUCUCAUUGGACUUUAUUUUUCUCUUUAGUUGCAUUUCCCAUGGGGUUUUUUUGGUUGUUUUUUGUUGUUGUUGGUUUUUGGGUUUUUUUGUGAUGAUGAUCAGUGGACUUGGAAAUAAAUCAAUGAGAUGAAUCCAUUUCGAAA